AAGCUGAUUGUGGAGAAGUUUUUGCUAAGGAAAAAAUUUAUUCCUGACCCACAAGGCACAAAUGUGAUGUUCACAUUCUUUGCCCAACACUUCACUCACCAGUUCUUUAAGACAGACCACAAGAAAGGACCUGCCUUCACCAAAGCUCUCGGCCACGGGGUUGAUUUGAACCACAUCUAUGGAGAGACUCUGGAGAGACAGCUUAAACUGAGACUUCUAAAGGAUGGAAAGCUAAAAUACCAGAUGAUUGACGGAGAAAUGUAUCCACCAACGGUGAAGGACACUCAGGCAGAGAUGAUCUACCCUCCUCACGUACCUGAACACUUGCAGUUUUCAGUUGGGCAGGAGGUGUUUGGUUUGGUCCCAGGCUUGAUGAUGUAUGCUACAAUAUGGCUGAGGGAACACAAUCGGGUCUGUGACGUCCUGAAACAGGAGCAUCCAGAGUGGGAUGAUGAGCAGCUGUUCCAAACCACUAGACUCAUACUGAUAGGAGAGACAAUCAAGAUCGUUAUUGAGGACUAUGUACAACAUUUGAGUGGCUACCACUUCAAACUCAAGUUUGAUCCUGAGCUGCUGUUCAACCAGAGAUUCCAGUACCAGAACCGAAUUGCAGCCGAAUUCAAUACUCUCUACCACUGGCACCCGCUUCUGCCUGACACUUUCCAGAUACACAACCAGGAGUACACUUUCCAGCAGUUUCUCUACAACAACUCCAUCAUGCUGGAACAUGGCCUUUCCCAUAUGGUGAAGUCUUUCUCCAAGCAAAGUGCUGGUAGGGUUGCUGGGGGGAAGAAUGUUCCUGCUGCAGUACAGAAAGUAGCAAAGGCUUCAAUUGACCAAAGCAGACAGAUGAGAUACCAGUCCUUGAAUGAGUACAGGAAACGCUUCAUGCUGAAACCGUUCAGAUCAUUCGAAGAACUUACAGGAGAAAAAGAAAUGGCAGCUGAACUGGAGGAGCUUUAUGGAGACAUUGAUGCUAUGGAGCUGUAUCCAGGCCUCCUUGUAGAAAAGCCACGACCAGGUGCAAUCUUUGGUGAAACAAUGGUGGAGAUUGGAGCACCGUUCUCUUUGAAGGGACUGAUGGGCAAUGCUAUCUGCUCCCCGGAGUACUGGAAGCCUAGCACCUUUGGUGGAAAGCUGGGCUUUGAAAUAGUCAAUACUGCCUCCUUACAGAAGCUCAUCUGCAACAAUGUGAAGGGCUGUCCUUUCACUGCUUUCCACAUCUUAAAUCCUGAGCCCACGGAGGCAACUAUUAAUGUUAGUACCUCAAAAACAGCAAUGGAAGAUAUCAACCCCACACUACUACUGAAAGAGCGAUCUGCUGAGUUGUAAAACAUCCCUCUAUUUAUUUAUUUAUUUAUUCUAUUUAUGGCUUAAAGUGUUUUUAAAAAAAAAA